UUGGAUGUCAAACAAAGGCAAAGCGAAGUAAAUCCCGCUGUUGUACAUUUUCUGUGUGCUUUUUAUUCCAGAAUUUCUACCUUUGUAUCUUUUACGCCCUAUAUAAUAAUUAUUAAGAAUUAUAAAAUAAUUAUUAUGUUUUCAUACAUAUUGUAAUAUGAGAAAUAUCUUUCGAAAGUGGUGAAACGCCACCGUAAUAAUGUUUGCUAGUUUAAAAAGCAAGAUAAAGGAGGAAACUGGUAGCGAUAUUAGUAAAUUGACUAGUAGUUGGCGUAAUGGAGCAUUUUUAGGUCGUAUAUCGCUCAGAGAUGAUUCAUCCACAGCCAGUCCAUCCAGCUCAGGUGGACCGGGAGAUUCAACAUCAGAUUCAAUUUCCCCACAACUGGAGUCAUACUUGUCAGACCGUACUGGUGGGCAGGUAGACCAAGCUGGGUUGCAGCAGCAGUAUGCCGCACAGCUGGAGCUAAAGCUCAAAGAUAGAGAUGCUUACUGGGAAAAGAAGAUUGAGGAGCUGAAACUCUCGUUGGCUUCUGUACAAGGAGAGGAGGCAGCGGCUGCUCAAAGCGUUGCUCGCACCGCCCAGGCGGAGGCGGCGCGGGCGGCGAGUGAGCGAGAUGCCGCGCUCUCGCAGCUGCGAGAGCUGCGCGCGCGCCUCGCCGCUGUGGAGCGAGCGCAGGAUCGUCUCGAUGACAUCACUGAAGAAUUGGAGCAAUCUCGGCGGGAGUGGUCCCGGGAGCGCUCGCAGCUGUCCGCGGCGCUGAGCGCGGCGGACGCGCGCGCGCGCGAUCUCGCGGAUCAGUUGGCGGUCGUGAGCGCCGCGUUGCCCACCGACCACGCGCUGCAUCACAUGCACGAUGACGACAAACGGGAGUUGAGUCCGUCAGGAUGCGAGGACUACGACGUCGUGUGCCGAGAGCGGGCAGUGUUGUCGCGACAACUGCAGGAGGCUAAGGUCGCGCUGGCUGACGUCAAAACGUCGUGGAGUGGGCAAAUCGCCUCCUUGGAGACACAGGUGGCGCGGUUGUCGCGUCAGGCUGGGGAAGAGGGGGCGGAGCGGAGAAGAGUCGAGAUGGAAAAGAAAGAGAUGCAAGAUAAACUAGUCAGCAUGGCCGCUGAACUGGAAAAGGCACGGCAGAACUUGGCCAAUAGUGAAGCUAAGGUGGUGCGGUUGAAUGGGGAGGCCCACUCGCUGGCCCUGGAGGUGAAGGCGCUUCGCAACUCGCAGGACCACUCCGACGAUAAAACAAUGGACCUUGAAACACGGAUACAAGAGCUAACAGAAGAGAACGACCAACUGAAAGUAACUUUGGAGAAUGAACGGACCCUGGUGAAGAUACUAAAGGAGAAGGUCGACAAGUCGAAUAGGCUGUAUGACGAGCAGAAGGCUGAGGUGUCCAGGCUGAGCGACCUUAUGACGGAGGUGCGAAACGAUAGGAACGAAUUGAGGAAAAAACAUGAUAAAGAAAGGAGGGAAAAGGACGAAGCGAUACUCCGGAACGCACACAUGUCUCAGUCGAUCGAGAUGAGUCAGAGCAAUGUGCGCUACCAAGAGACUGAGAUAGCUGACCUGAAGGCCAAGAUGACGGAGCUGGAGGCUGUUAUAGCGCAACACAAAGAGAAUCAAGCAGCGUGCAUGCUAAUAAAAGAAACUGAGGAGGCGCGAAAAACGGAAAUCGAAGAGCUGAAGAGAAAAGUCGAGGAGUCGGUGGAAAACGAAGCGAAACUUAAAAAGACUAUACAACAAUUUGAAACUGAAAUCUGUGAUAAAAAUAAGAAAAUAAAAAGCUUAGACUGUCGGAUAGCGGACAUGAAGAAGACACUUCAACGGGAGCUUCAGAACAGUAAGUCUGACCUCUCCGCAGCGGAGGAGCAGGACAUUAGCAGAAGGUACUUAAAACACGUGGUUCUCCGUUUCCUGACCGCGCGGGAGCUGGAGGCGCGGCAGCUGACGCGCGCGCUGAGCACGCUGCUGCGGCUGUCGCCGCACGAGGAGGCGCUGCUGCGCGCCGCGCUCGCCGCGCGCUCCGCCUGGUUCCCCUCCCUCUCCUGAUCCUACCGGUAGGUACACCGAGAAGCACACACGACGGCUUUAGGUUUUGUUAACCUUGUGCGGAUCUACGAAAUAAUGUGUUGUUUAACUAUUGUCGUGUAUAUCAUGUUCCAGAAUGCGAGGCAUUAAUGUAAAAAUACGGGUCACUCGCUUCUGGGGCACUGGCCUUCCUUACGGAUGGAUAAAAUGGCUGUUAAUGAUGAUGAUGAUGAUGACGGGUCACUCACACUUGUGAUUGUCGACCGAAAUGUCGACUACAGUUUCGGUUUUAUAGUAGACUUUUUAAGACUAGUUUUUAGAGAAGUUGUACGUGUUGCCAUCGGCUCACAAAGAAAAUCGAUGAGCCUUAUUGCAUUCUCUAAGUUGUGUGAUGAUACGUGCGGCUGAGGCAGACAUGUGGGGUAAGCGGUACGGCCAUGUCUAAAGGGGAAACGUCUGUGCGUGCAUUGUUGUGGACAAGUUGUGAACGAAUGAAUUAUACACCGAACCAAUUACUCCAUGCAGUCGUACCUGAGAUAGUACGUCGGGAGAUAUGGGACAGAGCAGUCUGUCUAGUUUUGCGGUUGUUGAAUCAAUAUCGAAGCCGAUGAGUAACUGCAUGAAUUAUUAAACUGUGGUAGAGAUGUCAUACAUACGUACUUUGCACGACGCCGGUGCUAAUUUAUAUACCUAAUUUUUCCGGGUUAUACAAAGAUCCCUACUUCGAGAAACAUGCUUUACGUAGUUUUGACAGUUUGGUCACGCUAGGAGUGUUUUUCCGCUUUAAUUUUAUCAGAUAAGGUAAACGAAAUUCUAAAUGACAACAAUUUUAGUCAAUAUAUCUGUGGUAGUGACCAUCGAGCUCUGUUUGAAUUAUGAUUACAUUGCAUGAGGUAGUGUUAAUGAUCUUUUUGUAUUAGGAUUAGAUACAGGAAAAAAAAUGGUGAUUUCGGUAAUCUAAAGAAUUUGCGUGCUAAUUGUAAUGUGGUUUUGUUCUGUGCUUAGCGCGCACUGGUAACUUUGCCUAUAUAAUAACAUUUUGCUUCUUAUGCCUGAAAUGAUGAACAUCAUCAUCCGCCUAUAUUUAUCCCGCUUACAAUGGGGUGGGCACAACAUCUUAUUUUACUGUAAUUUUCGAAUAAAGAUUUCUAAUGAAGACGAAGACUGAGAAUGAAAAAUGCCACCAAGAAAGAAAACAUGAGUUUGUCAUGAAAUUACUAAAGUAAAGAUUUUUGACAAAUUUUAUGAAAGGCUAAAAACUCAUGUGCUUAGAACUAAGUAUCACGUAUGCAAUUUGUUAUGAUGUAUGAAGAAAAGGCGCGCUGUAUCCAUUUAUUAUAUAAUUGACUACAAGUUGGAUAGUAUUAUCCAUAUUAUUAUGUUGUUUUGUUAAACAUAACUUAUUUAUUGAAUAUAAAGAGAAAGUGUUUUCAGUACUUUUCUCGAUAUCUCGAAUAUUUAUUUUAUCGUUUUGGUAAUAAAUGUAAUUGAUGACCACACGGUCGGAUAGAACUGAUUCAAAUAUAAAUAUUAUUAAAAAGUUUGCUAAGAAUUUAGGCAUGUAGAUACUUAAAUUAUCAUAAUUAUACCUACGAUCAAAAUCAUUCCGUCAAAUAAGAAAGGGGAUUUCAUAUACUUGCUUGUGCAAUAUAGAAUCAUCUGUAUAAUAUUAUGUAUGUUAAUCAUUAUUUUCAUUAUUUUCUAUAUUUUUAUUGAAGGUUAAAGUGUAGAAGUGUUAAAGUAUUUUUAUUACAGUAUUUGUUACACCUAUAUAGUUCUAUUUUUUUAUGUAAAGUGUUCAAGGUUUAAAUGUUUGCCUUAAUAGUUGCUAGUCACUUAUGUAACUUUAAUUUAUUGUGGGUAGAUGUAAUUCGCAGCUUCUAGAACAUUCUAUUUUGCGGUACCUAAGUUAUUCUUCGUAAGAUACAUUAAACUGUGAAUUUUCGAACAUUUUGGCCGCUGUCAUUACCGUCCUUCAAAAUGAAGAACCUUUCUAAAAUAAAAUAUUUUUAAAAUUGUACACUACCCCCAACACAAAUUUCUUAUUCAUAAAUUAGGGUAGUAAAAUGAAUUCUCGUCUUUGUUGAAAUUUGAAGGAGCAAUGACGGUGAUUGAAAUGCUCAAAACUUCCCCCUAAUACGUGAAAGAUACAAAAACAAUUGUAACAAUGAAAAUAUCUUACUAUUUGUAAUAAGUUCUAAAUGCCUUUAAAAAUUGUAUCUUUCUUUGUUCUAUGAAUUUAUUUCAGAAUUUUGUUAUGUUAUCGUACCUGUACAAACGAUUACACUAGAGUAUCGUGUUGUACUUGUAUCACGGCCAAAGAUGUAUUUGUAUCCAUUAUUUUUCCAAUUUCAUCCCAAAAGGUCCUUUGCAAACCCAUAUGUGACACGCUAGGAUUUAGCCUAAAUACUUUCACUGUUUAUUUUGAGGCACUUUAUCUAUUUUCAUAGUUGGCCUUUAUAUUACAUUAUAAUUUUUUUAUACUCCAGAUUUAUCGUGAGUUCAUAGAAAUACGCAAAUGUUUUUAUAGCUUUGUAUAUAUAUAUAUAUAUAUAUAUAUAUAUAUAUAUAUAUAUAUAUAUAUAUAUAUAUAUAUAUAUAUAUUUAUAUAUUGACAAUAUAUAUAUAUAUAUUGACAAAUAUUUAUUGUAUGAUUAUCGUCAGUUGAACACACGAUAAAGUUAUUACAUGUAUAUAGUUAUCAGGUGCUUAAUAAAUGUAAAAUAAAUUUAGGAACUAAAACCACUGCCCUUUUGGUAUAUUUUUAAAUAAGGCGUGUAUUUUGUAUGUAAAUUACAUCACACAAUAUAUUUCAUUAUAAUUUCUUUACAAUACAAGGCAUAUUAUAGGCGGUUGUGGGAAUAUUCACACAAAAAUAUUGUUCGCUCGUCUCUUGGCCCUCCGCCAAAUGGCGUAAACUACAUGAAUUGUUUAAAUUUGUUAAAAUACUAAACAAAGUCUUGUUUGACAAAAUGGCGAGAUGGUCAUAUGAUAUGAAGGCCUGAAAAUAAAAAUAAAAAACAGGGUUGUGUGGAUGUUAGGGGUUGCCGAGGAGUAGGACUUAAUGAUGCCAAAAUGGAUGUCCCAACUAGGGUACUGGCCUUCUAAGAAGGAUAAGGGACCCAAUGCGGGAUAUUCUUACAAGCAAAAAUACUUAGCAUUUAAAAUUUAAUUAGCAUGUGUUUGUGAUUAGCCCACUAUUGCCUAUACUUAAUUAUUAAAAAUAUAAUAAUGUUAAAAACUGUACAAUAUUAGAACAAGGUUGGUAGAUUAAUGCAAAAAUAUUUACGUAAGUACAUACUGUGUCAGGCAGCAUUUCUAAUGAGCUCACAUGGGUGAAUGAUAUUAUUUAAUUUUGUAGAUGCAUACAAUAUGAUGAUCUGAAAUAAAUACUUAAUUUUAAAUGUA